AUGGAGCAUGCACAGAUACAAACGUCAGAUGGUACACAAGUAAUGACCAUCAAUGGCCAACAGCUUCAAGUACUGCAAAUGAAUAAUAGCCCCCACAUGAUACAAGGUCCGAACGGACAACAGAUAGUCAUACAUGCUAUACCUUCAACUGCACCGGCAAUACAGGUUGCAACUCCAACCGGGCAGCAAUUACAGCAAUUACAAGUACUGCCACUAUCUAGCUUACAAGGUACAAGCAACAAUAUACAGCCGAUGCAGUUAGUUCAGACUCCUGAUGGACAAACAUUCAUCUAUCAACCUACUGCAAGUGCGCCACAACCACAGAUUGAUCAGCAUCAAAUUAUUCACCAACCUGGUACCCUAUUAAAUUUGAAUGGAAAUUUGUUACAAGUGGCAGGUGUGGGUGGAGUACAACCACAACAAAUUGUUAAUCAACCAAAUAUAGUUAUGAUGGUAAACGGCAACACGGCUUCAUCGAGUGAAGGUGCCACAUCAACAGCUGGUUCUGACGAAGAACCUUUACUAUAUGUUAAUGCAAGACAAUACAAACGUAUACUGAAAAGACGAGCCGCCAGAGCUAAGUUACAUGAACAAGGGAAAAUACCUAAAGAAAGACCUAAAUAUCUUCAUGAGUCAAGACACAGGCACGCCAUGAACAGAAUAAGAGGUGAAGGAGGAAGAUUUAAUUCCGGCAGUAGGAAGAAUAUGGAACAACAGGAACAGAAUACAUCUACACAAGCUAUAUUGGAUGACAUCAAGCCUGAUACAGUGUCUAUAACAAUAAUACAGGAUGAAGAAUUACAAGAGACCCAAACAAAUCAAUGGCGAAGACUUGCACCACAACCGAUGACAUCAACAUAG